AUGUCAGGACUGCGCGAUUCAGUUGAACCAGGGCAAACACAACGUCCCGCUCCACCGAAUUCCGCAACAAUUCAAGAUUUAGCUGACUAUUACCAUACUUCAUCACUCAACUAUUGGCCAAAAACAAAACUAAAACGGUCGUUAACAACACAACUCAUCGAUGGCGAUACUGUUGGCCUAAAAGAAUCAUAUUCUAUGCGUGGUAUUCAUGGAUUUUUUCCACAAACAAGAAAAACUCGGGCAAAAGUAAUCAGUAGUGAAAAACGAUCGCGUCAGCAUGCGUACAUGUCACUGGUACCUGCUGACAAUAAAACAACCAUCACAUCAACAUCUGACAAAUCGUCUAUAUCUUUAAAUCGAUCAUUCAAGAAUAAAUCUCCUCCUCUAUCAACCUAUUCGGUAACACUCACAACGGCAACUAAUUCGUUUAGUCUUCCUCAAGUACAACAGAGUACAAGUACAAGUAUUAAAAGAGAACAUUCAUCCCGUACGCAAAAUGCAGAUGACAGACAAUUAACUUAUACAGGUGUUGAUACUCCGCAGUAUUAUGGUACUUAUACAAUACCAAGGGUAAAUUCAUGGGUACAACGAUGGAAAACCAAUUAUGAAAUGCAUACGCUAAGUAAUUUGAUGCGUGAUAGUCCGAAUCGAAUUAUGAAAAAACGCUCGUUCAUGACCAAACAUGAUCAUUAUGCUCAGAAUGACUCAAUUUUAUCUUCCGCAUCAUCAUUUUGUCAAUAUAAAAAGAAGCGAAGUUGA